CAUGACUUGUGGUAUUCCAGUGAGCCACAAUAACAGACAAAGUUCGUUGUGUUGUCCAGCUAAUUUUGUUGUCUAGCUAGUGAUUUUCGGCCUCUUUUUGUCGUUGGUUGUGUAGAGUUAUCUCAAAAUGAAGCUGCAGUGUGUAGUCAUUGCUCUGUGUCUCGGCGUGGGUGUAAUGGCUGGGAAAUACUCCCGGGAAGUGAACGAGGCGAAGCCGAGCGGCAGUGAUGGACAGACGGUGGAUUUCAGGAUAGCCAAGCUGAACCAGGUGUGGGAGAAGGCUAAAAGGAUGCAGUUGUCCCCGGUGCGGCAGGCUGAGCUUCACAGUGACCUCAAGAUCCAGGAAAAAGAUGAGAUGCAGUGGAAAAAGAUGAAGGUGGAGGGGCUGGAUGAAAAUGGAGAGAAAGAGGCCCAGCUCCGACGUAACUUCAAUGUGAUUCUGGCCAAGUAUGGGAUGGACGGGAAAAGGGACACGCGAACGCUGGAGAGCAACUCCCUGAAGGACCACGACACCAAAGAGGGAGACAUAUUUGAUGAUCCCAGGCUGGACAAACUCUGGAACAAGGCUAAGAGCUCGGGGAAGUUCUCCAACGAGGAGUUGCUGAGCCUUAAGAGGGAGUUCCAGCACCACAAAGACAAGAUCCACGAGUACAACAUCCUCAUGGACACUGUCAGCAGGAUGGAGGAAAUCCACAAGAACGUGAUCUCUCCCCUGGAGGGCGACGCCAAAGAGCACGUGCUGCACCAGAGGCACACGGACCUGAAGCACAAAAUGAGAGACCUCAAUCAGGGCUUCGAGCGCCUCCGUAAGCUCAGCCACGAAGGCUUCACUGAAGACAGUGAGUUUCGGGAACCUCGUGUGAUUGAACUGUGGGAGGCUGCCAAGAGAGCCAACCUCAGUGAAGACGAGCUGGACUCUCUCAAGGAGGAGCUGCGUCACUUCGAGACCAAGGUGGAGAAGCACAGCCAUUACCAGGAGCAGCUGGAGCUGUCCCACCAGAAGCUGCAACACGUAGAGGCUUUAGGAGACAAAGAACACAUCAAGAGGAACCAGGAAAAGUACAACACACUCGCUGAGAAGACCAGAGAGAUGAGCUACAAGAUGAAGAAACACAUGCAGGAUUUGUCCAACAAGAUCUCUCGUCAAGGACUCGAGCACAAUGAGCUCUGAGAGGCUCGACUCAAGGUCAUUACGUCAGUGAAGGUUGAAUGAACUGAAAUAAUUCCCUCCAUCACCACACAGCAUACACCACAUUCCCCUCUAUUCCCUUUCAUCUACUGUAAAAAGAAGCUGUUUUUUUCAUUGAAGGUUUUCUACUUUUCUAGUUAUUGAUUUUACAAAUUGCUGAAUGAAUGAAUUGUAGGUUGUUUGUACAGAGAUUUUUUUCUUGUAAAUCAGAUUGAUUUUAUUGUGAAAUUGACCUGCUCAGAUUAUCAAGGUACAGAUUAAACAAAGAUUAAAUAGUUUACAUACUA